UAACCCCCCAACAAAAAACAAAUACAUAUUAUCAACACCGAAUCUCUCAACACCAAAACAAAAAAAAAUAAACUCACAUCUCUCUUCAUCUUUUUAUUUCUUGUUUCCUCCAAGAAUCUGAAUCUGUGCUUUACUAUAUUGUGUAUAAAACCAUGACGAACAUCGAUGAUACGACGUCUCCUCCAAUGGUCCACCCGAUCGGUCCAUCUUCUCAGCCUGAUCUUCCCGACCAAACCAAACAAGAUCCGCCAAGAUUGCCCGAGGAAGCAGCAGCGUCUUCAUCUGUUUCCGACAAGAAAGAUCCAGCUCUGCCUCAAGAAGAGAAACCGAAACCGAGACAGAAUCAAGAAGAGGAGAGAGUAGUGGACAGUGGGAGAGAGAGGUUAAAGAAGCACCGGAGAGAGAUCGCCGGUAGGGUUUGGAUACCUGAGAUAUGGGGACAAGAAGAGCUUCUUAAGGAUUGGAUCGAUUGUUCAACGUUCGACACGUGUCUAGUCCCUGCUGGGAUCUCGUCUGCACGUGCUGCUCUUGUUGAGGAAGCUAGGCGAGCUGCCUCAGCUUCUCGUGGGUUACAACGAUUAGACAGUCGUUGCUUGAUCUUACGCUAAAUCUUUUAUACAUUUAAACAAUAUAUACAUAAAAUGUGGUUCUUGUACUUCAAUAAUAAGACACUAUUGAUAUAUUGUUGAUCUAGACUUUGAUACAGUGAUAAUCAUAAUUAUAAUUUUAGAGAACA